UCUCCGGGGCUUCUCUCCUCCUGCAGCCAUCUUCCCCCUGCCAGGGGCCGGGUAGAGCGGCUGCAAAGCAGGCAGAGGAGGGGAAGGAAGAGGACCGGCAGAAGGAGGAGGUGGAGGAGGUGGUAAGGCCGAGCCCCGCCGCGGGAGCCCCAGCAUGGUGAAGAGGAAGAGCUCCGAGGGUCAGGAACAGGACAGUAGCCGAGGCAUCCCCCUGCCCAUCCAGACCUUCCUCUGGCGGCAAACCAGUGCAUUUCUGAGGCCCAAACUGGGAAAGCAAUAUGAAGCAUCCUGUGUGUCCUUUGAGCGUGUCCUUGUGGAAAACAAGCUCCAUGGUCUCUCUCCUGCCCUUUCUGAAGCUAUCCAGAGCAUUUCCCGCUGGGAGCUGGUCCAAGCAGCCUUACCACACGUCUUGCACUGCACUGCAACUCUGCUUUCCAACAGAAACAAGCUAGGUCACCAGGAUAAACUCGGGGUGGCUGAGACCAAGCUACUCCACACCUUGCACUGGAUGCUGCUUGAGGCCCCUCAGGACUGCAACAGUGAGAGGUUUGGGGGAGGAGAUAGGGGCUCUGGCUGGGGAGGGGGCAGCACUGUUUUCAUCCAUCAGAUCGAGAACCAGGGGUCCCCGGGACGAGCCCGACACAGCAGUGCCCAUGACGAAGAAGAAAACAACCGGAGGAAAUUCUUCCAGAACUCCAUGGCCACCGUGGAGCUCUUCGUCUUCCUGUUUGCUCCCCUGGUUCACAGGAUCAAGGAGUCUGACCUGACCUUCCGACUGGCUAGUGGACUGGUUAUCUGGCAGCCCAUGUGGGAACACAGACACCCUGAGGUUUCAGCCUUCACAGCACUAGUGAAGCCCAUCAGGAACAUCAUCACAGCCAAGCGAAGUUCUCCUAUCAACAAUCAAAGCCAGUCCUGUGAAUCACCCAACCAGGGUCCAGGACACACAGAGGGGCUGCAGGUAGUAUGUGAAACUGCCCAGGAAGAUUCCGUUUUGCCCAGGGCCCCGACUGCAGGCUGCCACCGAGGAAACUCCUUUGACGGAAGCGUGUCGUCUCAAGCGUCUCAGGAGAGAGGGCCAUUCCACUCCAGGGUGUCCUUGGCCAUCCCGCCUUGCCAGCGCUCCCGCUAUGCCACCUACUUCGACGUGGCCGUUCUGCGCUGCCUGCUUCAGCCGCACUGGUCCGAGGAGGGCACCCAGUGGGCCCUGACAUACUACCUCCAGCGGCUGCGGCAUAUGUUGGAGGAGAAGCCAGAGAAGCCCCCCGAGCCGGAUGUCCCGCACCUGUCCCGGCCCCGCAGCAGCUCCAUGGUGGCCGCAGCUCCUUCUCUCGUGAACACCCACAAAACCCAAGACCUUACCUUGAAAUGCAACGAGGAUGAAAAGUCCCUGAGCACAGAGGCCUUCUCCAAGGUGUCCUUGACCAACCUACGCAGGGCAGCAGUGCCGGACCUGUCCACUGACCUGGGCAUGAACAUAUUCAAGAAGUUCAAGAGUCGCAAGGAAGACCGAGAACGCAAGGGCUCGAUUCCCUUCCCCCACACGGGGAAGCGCCGGCAGCGCCGGAUGGGCAUGCCCUUCCUGCUCCACGAGGACCACCUGGAUGUAUCGCCAACCCGCAGCACCUUCUCCUUUGGCAGCUUCUCAGGAGCCGGGGAGGACCGGCGGGCCAUUGAAGGCGGCUGGCAGACCACCAUCCUAGGCAAAUUCACCAGGAGGGGAAGUUUCGAUGCAGCUACGGAAAUGGAGAGUCUGGGUGCCCGACACUCACAUUCACAUCACCGCUGGUCAGCGACCUGCCCGACCACUUCCAACAGCCACGGAGAAAACACCGUCAAGGAAGUGCGAUCCCAGAUCUCCACGAUAACUGUGGCGACUUUCAACACCACCCUGGCUUCGUUCAAUGUGGGCUAUGCGGACUUCUUCAGUGAGCACAUGCGGAAACUCUGCAACCAGGUGCCCAUCCCGGAGAUGCCCCAUGAGCCGCUAGCGUGUGCCAACCUGCCAAGAAGUCUGACCGACUCCUGCAUCAACUACAGUUGUUUGGAGGACACAGAACACAUUGACGGGACCAACAAUUUUGUCCACAAGAACGGCAUGCUGGAUCUCUCGGUGAUUCUGAAGGCGGUGUACCUGGUCCUGAACCACGACAUCAGCUCCCGCAUCUGUGACGUGGCCUUGAACAUCGUAGAGUGCCUGCUGCAGCUGGGGGUGGUGCCCUGUGUGGAGAAGAACAGGAAGAAGAACGAGAACAAAGAGGAGGCUGGAGACCGGAGGCUGAGCGAGGGCACCUUCCAGAUCAAGGGAGCCUCUGGGGGCUCAGCCUGUGAAUUUGGGGGUGCCUCCAUUGGUGGAGCUGGAGAUGGUGGAGGAGGAGGAGAAGAGGGAGGAGGUGGAGAAGCAGGAGGCGAUGGUGGAGGAGGAGGAGGAGGAGGAGGAGGCGAAGGUGGCGGAGGUGGAGGUGGACCUUAUGAACAGAACAAUAAGAACCAGGACAAGGAUGAAAGCCCACCGUUAAGCACCCAUAGGCUGGCGCUGACCAUGCUGAUCAAAAUAGUGAAAUCGCUGGGUUGUGCCUAUGGCUGCGGGGAAGGACACCGCGGGCUCUCUGGGGAUCGUCUGAGACAUCAGGUAUUCCGAGAGAAUGCCCAGAACUGCCUCACUAAGCUAUACAAGCUGGAUAAAAUUCAGUUUCGACAAACCAUGAGAGACUACGUGAACAAGGAUUCCCUCAAUAAUGUAGUGGAUUUCUUGCAUGCUUUGCUAGGAUUCUGUAUGGAACCAGUUACAGACAAUAAGGCUGGUUUUGGAAAUAAUUUCACCACAAUGGAUAACAAAUCAACAGCUCAGAAUGUGGAAGGCAUUAUUGUCAGCGCCAUGUUCAAGUCACUGAUCACCCGUUGUGCAUCCACAACCCAUGAACUGCACAGCCCCGAAAACCUGGGCCUCUAUUGUGAUAUCCGCCAACUGAUUCAGUUCAUCAAGGAAGCUCACGGGAAUGUCUUUCGGAGGGUGGCCCUCAGUGCCUUACUGGACAGUGCAGAAAAAGUAAUACCGGGGAAGAAAGCAGAAGAGGCUGAACCGGAAUCUCGGCCCUCAGGGAGCAAAAGAUCAGAGGCGGGAAGUGUGGUCGAUAAAGGGCCAGCCCCCCCAGUCCCCGAGGAGUGCCGUGGUUUCGUGAGCAGCCGCCCCCUGCAGACUCCGGAACACGAUGAACAAAUGCAGGGAGCAAAUCUUGGGCGCAAAGAUUUCUGGCGCAAGAUGUUCAAAUCACAGAGCGCAGCCAGCGACACCAGCAGUCAGUCGGAGCAGGACACGUCCGAGUGCACGACCGCACACUCCGGGACCACCACUGAUCGGCGCUCCCGCUCUCGGUCCCGACGGAUUUCACUCCGGAAGAAACUCAAGCUCCCCCUAGGGAACUGGCUGAAACGUUCCUCACUCUCGGGCCUGGCAGAUGGAGUGGAAGAUCUCCUGGACAUCAGUUCUGUAGACCGUCUGUCCUUCAUCAGACAGAGCUCUAAAGUUAAAUUCACUAGCGCAGUGAAGCUGUCUGAAGGUGGACCUGGGGGUGGGAUGGAGAACGGACGAGAUGAAGAGGAGAAUUUCUUCAAGCGUCUCGGUUGCCACAGCUUGGAUGACCACCUGACCUCCAACCAGGAGGGGGGCAAAUAUAAGAAUGUGGUGAAUCUGGGUGCCAUCAGGCAAGGCAUGAAGCGGUUUCAGUUUCUGCUGAAUUGCUGUGAACCCGGCACCAUUCCUGACGCCUCCAUCCUGGCAGCUGCCCUGGAUCUGGAAGCACCGGUAGUGGCCAGAGCGGCCCUCUUCUUGGAGUGCGCCCGGUUCGUCCACCGCUGCAACCGUGGCAGCUGGCCCGAGUGGAUGAAGGGCCAUCAUGUCAACUUGACCAAGAAAGGCCUCUCCCGGGGACGCUCUCCCAUAGUGGGGAACAAACGGAACCAGAAGUUGCAGUGGAACGCGGCCAAACUCUUCUACCAGUGGGGAGAUGCCAUUGGCAUUCGGCUGAACCAACUGUGCCAUGCAGAGAGUGAGAGUCCUGCCAGCCUGCUGGGGCUCAUUUAUGAUGAGGAGACCAAGAGGAGGCUGAGAAAGGAGGAUGAGGAGGAAGACUUUUUAGAUGACAGCACAGUGAACCCCACGAAAUGUGGGUGUCCCUUUGCCCUGAAGAUGGCCGCCUGCCAGCUUCUGCUCGAGAUCACCACCUUCCUACGAGAGACCUUUGCCUGUUUGCCCAGGCCUCGGACGGAGCCUCUGGUGGACCUGGAGAGCUGCAGACUGCGCUUGGACCCCGAGCUGGACCGACAUAGAUACGAGAGGAAGAUCAGCUUUGCUGGCAUCCUCGACGACAAUGAGGACUCCAAAGACUCACUCCACAGCAGCAGCCACACGCUGAGAUCAGACACUGGAGUGGAAGAGAAGAAAGUUCCCAGCAGCAGGAAGAUCAGGAUAGGAGGCUCCCGCCUGCUCCAGAUUAAAGGAACCCGCAGUUUCCGGGUGAAGAAGGGGGGUUCCCUGUGCAGCAUUCGCCGAGCCGGCAGCUUAAAGAGCACCAAGUUAUCACGGCAGGACUCAGAGUCUGAGAAUGAGGAACCGCAGCUGUCCCAGAGCAGGGACACUGUCACUGAUAUAGAAGGAAGCCCAUGGAGCGCCAGUGAGCCCAGCAUUGAGCCAGAGGGACUGAGCAACAUCAGCACGGAGGAGAACUACCACCGGAACAUGUCAUGGGUCCACGUCAUGAUUCUUCUGUGCAACCAGCAAAGCUUCAUUUGUACCCACGUCGACUACUGCCACCCCCACUGCUAUCUCCACCACAGCCGCUCCUGUGCCCGCCUGGUGCGGGCAAUCAAACUGCUUUACGGAGACACCGUGGACUCCCUUCGCGAAGAACACACAGUCAACCCUGGAGCCUUUCGGGGCAAGAAGCAGAAAGAGUGCUCAGACAAGUCCUGCCUGCGAACACCCUCUUUGAAGAAGAGAGUUUCAGACACCAACCUGGAAGGGAAGAAAGACUCUGGGAUGCUCAAAUACAUCAGACACCAGGUGAUGAGCCUGUCUCCAGCUCCCUUGUCCCUGCUGACUAAGGCAGCCCCCAUCCUGACCGAGGAGAUGUACGGCGACAUCCAGCCGGCCGCCUGGGAGCUGCUGCUCAGUGUGGAUGAGCACAUGGCAGGGGCUGCAGCGGCCAUGUUCCUCCUGUGCGCCGUCAAAGUCCCCGAGGCCGUGUCUGAUAUGCUGAUGUCCGAGUUCCAUCACCCGGAGACUGUGCAGAGGCUGAAUGCCAUCCUCAAAUUCCACACCCUCUGGAGGUUUCGCUACCAGGUCUGGCCCCGGAUGGAGGAAGGAGCCCAGCAGAUCUUUAAGAUCCCUCCUCCCAGUAUAAACUUCACCCUGCCCUCACCAGUGUUGGGCAUGCCCUCCGUGCCCAUGUUCGACCCUCCCUGGGUCCCCCAGUGUAGCGGCAGCGUGCAGGACCCCAUCAAUGAAGACCAGUCGAAAUCAUUUUCAGCCCGUGCCGUGUCCCGCUCCCAUCAGAGAGCGGAGCACAUCCUGAAGAACCUGCAGCAGGAGGAGGAGAAGAAGCGCCUGGGCCGAGAAGCCAGCCUUAUCACCGCCAUCCCCAUCACUCAGGAAGCAUGCUAUGAGCCCUCCUGCACCCCGAACUCGGAGCAGGAGGAAGAAGUAGAAGAAGUCAGCAACCUGGCAUCCCGCCGCCUCUCCGUGAGCCCGUCCUGCACCUCGAGCACCUCCCACCGCAACUAUUCCUUCCGCCGGGGCUCCGUCUGGUCAGUGCGUUCAGCGGUCAGUGCAGAAGAUGAAGAGCACACUACUGAGCACACGCCAAAUCACCAUGUGCCCCAGCCCCCACAGGCAGUGUUCCCAGCAUGCAUCUGUGCAGCAGUGCUGCCAAUCGUUCACCUGAUGGAAGACGGAGAGGUCCGAGAGGACGGAGUAGCAGUGAGUGCGGUAGCCCAGCAGGUCCUGUGGAACUGCUUGAUUGAAGACCCCUCCACGGUUCUUCGACAUUUCCUGGAAAAGCUCACCAUAAGCAACCGACAGGAUGAACUGAUGUAUAUGCUCAGAAAGCUGCUCCUGAAUAUUGGAGACUUCCCUGCUCAGACCUCUCACAUCCUGUUUAACUACUUGGUGGGACUGAUCAUGUAUUUUGUGCGUACGCCCUGUGAAUGGGGAAUGGAUGCCAUCUCAGCAACUCUCACUUUCCUCUGGGAGGUAGUAGGCUACGUAGAGGGCCUUUUCUUCAAGGACCUCAAACAGACGAUGAAGAAGGAACAAUGUGAAGUGAAGUUAUUGGUCACUGCUUCGAUGCCAGGCACCAAGACCCUGGUUGUGCAUGGACAGAAUGAAUGUGACAUCCCAACCCAGUUACCAGUCCAUGAAGACACCCAGUUUGAAGCUCUUCUAAAGGAGUGUUUGGAAUUUUUUAACAUACCUGAAACCCAGUCAACUCACUACUUCUUGAUGGACAAAAGGUGGAAUCUCAUCCACUAUAACAAGACCUAUGUGCGGGAUAUUUAUCCCUUCCGGAGGUCUGUCUCUCCACAGCUGAACCUCGUCCAUAUGCAUCCGGAAAAAGGCCAAGAGCUCAUUCAGAAACAGGUGUUCACCCGGAAGCUGGAAGAAGUGGGCCGUGUCCUGUUCCUCAUCUCUCUGACCCAGAAAAUCCCCACAGCCCAUAAGCAGUCCCACGUCUCCAUGCUCCAGGAGGACCUGUUGCGCCUGCCCUCCUUCCCCCGCAGUGCCAUCGAUGCCGAGUUCUCCCUCUUUAGUGACCCUCAAGCUGGGAAGGAACUCUUUGGCCUGGACACCCUCCAGAAGAGUCUGUGGAUUAAACUCUUGGAGGAGAUGUUUCUGGGCAUGCCCAGUGAGUUCCCCUGGGGGGAUGAAAUCAUGCUCUUCCUCAACGUCUUCAAUGGAGCCCUGAUCCUCCACCCAGAAGAUAGCGCUUUGCUGAGGCAGUAUGCCGCCACCGUCAUCAAUACAGCUGUUCACUUCAAUCAUCUUUUCUCCCUCAGUGGGUACCAGUGGAUUCUCCCCACCAUGCUGCAGGUGUAUGCCGACUAUGAGAGCAACCCGCAGCUGCGCCAAGCCAUCGAAUUUGCCUGUCACCAGUUUUACAUUCUGCACCGCAAACCCUUUGUCCUGCAGCUGUUUGCCAGCGUGGCGCCCCUCCUAGAGUUUCCUGAUGCAGCCAAUAGUGGGUCCAGCAAAGGCGUCUCCUCCCAGUGCCUCUUCGACCUCCUGCAGUCCCUGGAGGGAGAAACCAUCGAUACACUGGACAUUUUGGAACUGGUGAAAGCCGAGAAGCCCCUCAAGUCAUUGGACUUUUGCUAUGGGAACGAAGACCUAACCUUCUCCAUCAGCGAAGCCAUCAAGCUGUGCGUGACUGUGGUGGCUUAUGCUCCCGAGUCUUUCCGCAGUCUUCAGAUGCUGAUGGUCUUGGAAGCCUUAGUUCCGUGUUACCUGCAGAAGCUGAAGAGACAAACGUCCCAGGUGGAGACUGUGCCAGCCGCCCGGGAAGAGAUUGCUGCCACAGCGGCUCUGGCCACCUCCCUGCAGGCCCUCCUGUACAGCGUGGAAGCUCUGACCAGACCGAUGACGGCCCCUCAAAUGAGCCGCUGUGACCCAGGCCACAAGGGAACCGCCACAGCCAACCACACAGUGUCAUCGGGGGGCAACACCAGGUACCAGGAGCAGGGGGCUAAGCUGCACUUCAUCAGGGAAAACCUGCACUUGCUGGAGGAAGGGCAGGGCCUUCCUCGGGAGGAGCUGGACGAGAGGAUUGCGCGGGAGGAGUUCCGGCGGCCCCGGGAGUCUCUCCUGAACAUUUGCACUGAGUUCUACAAGCACUGUGGGCCACGGCUCAAGAUCCUGCAGAAUCUGGCUGGGGAGCCCAGGGUCACCUCGUUGGAGCUGCUGGAUGUGAAGUCACACAUGAGGUUGGCGGAAAUUGCACAUUCCCUGCUGAAGCUGGCCCCAUAUGACACGCAGACCAUGGAGAGCCGCGGACUUCGGAGGUAUAUCAUGGAGAUGCUGCCCAUCACCGACUGGACGGCCGAAACCGUGAGGCCUGCCCUCAUCCUCAUCCUCAAGAGACUGGAUCGUAUGUUCAAUAAGAUUCACAAGAUGCCUACUCUGAGGCGACAGGUUGAGUGGGAACCUGCCAGCAAUUUGAUUGGAGGGGUUUGUUUGACACUUCAGAGGCAGCCAAUCAUAUCCUUCCUGCCUCACCUUAGGUCACUGAUCAAUGUCUGUGUCAAUCUGGUGAUGGGAGUGGUAGGACCUUCCAGUGUUGCCGAUGGAUUACCCCUUCUUCAUCUCAGCCCUUAUCUCUCGCCACCUCUGCCCUUCAGCACGGCUGUUGUCCGGCUUGUAGCAUUGCAGAUCCAGGCUUUGAAAGAAGAUUUCCCUUUAAGCCAUGUGAUCUCCCCAUUCACCAAUCAGGAGAGAAGGGAAGGGAUGCUUUUAAACCUCCUCAUCCCAUUUGUGCUCACAGUAGGAUCGGGAAGCAAAGACAGUCCCUGGUUGCAGCAACCAGAGGUGCUGCUGCUGCUGCACACGGUGAUUGGCGUCCUCCUGCCUCCGCGUAUCAUCAGCACGUCCCGCAGCAAGAACUUCAUGCUGGAGAGCUCCCCCGCGCACUGCUCCACGCCGGGCGACGCGGGCAAGGACCUGCGCCGGGAGGGGCUGGCCGAGUCCACCAGCCAAGCCGCAUACUUGGCCCUGAAGGUGAUCCUCGUCUGCUUCGAGCGGCAGCUGGGUAGCCAGUGGUACUGGCUGAGCCUGCAGGUCAAGGAGAUGGCCCUGCGCAAGGUGGGCGGGCUGGCCCUGUGGGAUUUCAUCGACUUCAUCGUGCGCACGCGGAUACCCAUCUUCGUGCUCCUGAGGCCAUUUGUCCAGUGCAAGCUUCUGGCCCAGCCAGCCGAGAACCACGAGGAGCUGUCUGCCCGCCAGCAUAUCGCCGAUCAGCUGGAGCGCCGUUUCAUCCCCCGCCCCCUCUGCAAGAGCUCUCUCAUCUCCGAGUUCAACAGCGAGCUCAAGAUCCUGAAGGAGGCCGUCCACAGCGGCUCAGCCUACCAAGGGAAGACGUCUAUCAGCACCGUGGGCACCUCCACUUCCGCUUACCGCCUGAGCCUGGCCACCAUGUCCCGCUCCAACACAGGCACCGGCACCGUCUGGGAGCAGGACAGUGAGCUGUCCCAGCAAGCUUCCCAGGACACGCUGAGCAGAACAGAUGAGGAGGAUGAAGAGAAUGAGUCCGUGAGCGUGCCCAGCGUGGUAAGUGAGCAGGAAGCUUUCCUCCUGAGCUCCGUGGGGCGGCGGCGGUUCUCCAGCCACGUUUCCAGCAUGUCUGCGCCUCAGGCAGAGGUGGGCAUGGUCCCCAGCCAAAGUGAACCCAAUGUCCUCGAUGACUCCCAGGGCCUGGCGGCUGAGGGCAGCCUCUCUAGGGUAGCCAGCGUGCAGAGCGAGCCCGGUCAGCAGACGCUUCUCCUCCAGCAGCCUUUGGGCCGGAAGAGAGGUCUCCGGCAGUUGCGGCGCCCCCUCCUGUCCCGCCAGAAGACCCAGACAGAGCCCCGCAGUCGCCACGGAGCGCGACUCUCGACCACCCGGCGGAGCAUCCAGCCGAAGACCAAGCCUCCUGCAGACCAGAAGCGAUCGGUGACUUUCACAGAAGUGCAUCCCGAUGCCGACGCUCCCCCAGUGGAGCCCGCGCUUCCUGCUGCCGCCCUGAGCAGCACCAAAAGCAGCCUCCCUCGUGUUGGUCCUCCCGAAGUGGGGGAGAGACCUCUGCUCACCUCUUCUCCCGCCAUCGUGGUUGCGGAUCUGCACACCAAGCAGAGCGAGGUCCUCCCCACUGGGGAGGGGGAGAAGGAGGAGGAGGAAGGGGAAGCAGGGACCCAAGGAGCUCUACCCACGAGUCCCACAACCUCCCAGCUGUCAGACCCCGAGGGCUUCACCGGCCUGGACACAGCCGGCCUGUUGCAGCCGGUAGACACUGUUCUGCACAUCAGCGAGGAUUCCGGCACGGAGAACCCCCUGCUGUCCGGCCGUUUCAGCUUCACCCACAUCGAUCUGGGGGAUGCCGACGUGGACCUUGACGAGUCUCACGUCUAACUGGGAGCAGGAGGGAGGCUUGGUAAGGGGCAGAUGGAGGGGAGCGUAAGGUCAGGUGCCUGCCCGUCAUUUUUAUUACUCACUUAAGACGAGAGUGUUUACACCCUAAGGGAAUCAAGGUUUUGCUCCCGGUGGAAUGUUUUUCAGAAACCCCCUGGUUUCUGGCCCUCUGCUGCCUCCACAGUCAGAGGGGAAUGAAAACCCCUUCUUGUGCCCACCCGCCUUUUUUUAAUGGUAUUUGUCAAGUGCUUACAAUGGGCCAGACACUGUUCUAAGCAUGAGGGUAGAUGCAAGAUA